AUGCAUUGCCUAUGGAAGGCAGGUCUGCGAUCGGCUUUGUUCAGCUCGUAUAACGAACUGGCUCGAAAGGGAUAUGGUUCAGGGUCAAAUGGCUAGCCAGGGACUACAAGUAGCUUCAGCGGUCUUUUCCUCCCGCUCCAGAGAGGUGUUGGUCUUGCUGCCGCAUUAGCGACUUUGUCGAGCUUGAUAGGAAAUGGUGUCCUUAACGUUGAUGGAAAUAACCAAAACAUUUCCGGAAAUGGUUAAAAUUAUGACGCUAAUGUGCUGCUCGCUAGCAUUUAACUUGAAAACAACUUGAAACCACUUCGAGGCAAAAUCCAUUAUUUUAUUGAUUUUAUCGAUUUCAGGAGUGAUACGGCGCGAUCGUUCGAUGAGGGACAUCGAUUGUUGGAGAAUACGGUGACGAUGCUUGAACGACAACUUCGGCGAAGUGAUAAUCGAAUUCAGGAGUUGGAACGACUCUGUGAGCUGCAGCAGGUUAGCUUCUUUUCUGAUGGCUGUACGAGAUCUACCUGGAACCUGAAACUUUCCCUUUUUCCUUUUUAUAUUUUUUUCGUUCAAAAUCCCCGUUCAUUAAGAAUGUGCUUUCUAUGGGCUGCCUGCAAUAGGCACUUAAUGGCGUUGGUGUGUUCAGCUGUAAAUGAAGGUCUUUAG